AUGGAGCGCGAAGGAGCGUUGAUCCCUUUGUCUGAUCAGUUGCUGCUGGCUCAGACGGUGCACCAAGAUGGGAAAGUGCCUCCCGAUUGGGAUUGCAUAUCGAGACGUAUUCUCGCACAUCCAUGCAUGAAAGGUUCGAGUCGGAUGCAGCUGGAUCCAUCACAUGGGAAUAGCCUUUCGCAGAUGUUUAGCGCUCAGGCGUGUGAACAGGUGUGGACAACUCUCGUAAAAACGCAUGUGCCGUCUGAGCCCUCACGCAUGGAUCGGGGUGUGCAGCUCGCUCUUGCUCAGCGAUUGUAUGCCGCACGACUAGAGGAGCUUUUGCGUCACAUCCAAGAAAAGGAGAGCGAUUUUCGUUCUCUGCACCAAAGAAUACAGGAUCUACGCGAAGGAAAAUUAGAUGCGGAGCUAAAGCAUGAUCCACGUUUCUCUGAGUCAACACAGAGGGCGGUGACGGAGGAAGCGCAGGACGAGACACACAAGACCAAACACGAUGCGCCACCACAUACGAACCGGGAGUCUAUGCACACAGAGGAUGUUGAAAUGGCACAAGAAGACAUACCUGUAGAGCCAAAGGCAGGGCCUGAGUCUGAGACCGUGCCAGACUCGGAUGCAGGACCAGAGCCUUCGCAGGAGACUAUGCCAGCAUCGUCGCAAGAUAUCCAGCCUCCACCCGAGUCGCCGACUCGGCGUGAGUCAUGGAAAGCGUCUGAAGCUGCACCUGAGUCCGAUCGUAAGCGCACGUCUGAUCCCAUGAAAGUGGACGAUGGCCCAGACAAAGACGAUGAUCUCCAAGUAGAGCAGGAUUUGCUGGGCGAUACGAAAGAGGCGCCGACGUCGCGCACACCACACGAUACCACGGCUGAAGAGACCCGUUCUACCCUGACACCACGCGCUGCUACGACUACGUACAGCACGCGUUCACGUCGACAGUCGCUCUCACAUUCGCGCCCUCGUUCACGGUCGCGCUCUCGAUCACAGUCGCAAGGACAGGCCCAGGAGCCGGGUCUGGUGCCGGAACAUCCAGCACGCGAGGAAAGCGAUUCAGCAUUUCACACACCGACGCCACCAUCAUCGCCAGGUCCAGCAGAGGUGUCUGAGCCACGAACACAAGCGGCGCGCCAUGCCAAUGACAACACGCAUGACAAGCUCUCUGACGCCGAGCGGGACAAGAAUCGCCGGCGAAUGAUGCAACUACUUCUUAUGUUGCACAAUCAAGUGUCGAAUCAUACACAUGCAAACCUGUUCCACCAGCCUAUCAAGGAGGUAGAUGCGCCAGACUAUUAUACCGUUGUGAAGCAGCCCAUGGAUCUGAAGCUGAUAAAGCAGCGCAUCAAGGAGGGUUUGAUUGCCUCGUCCGUGGAAUUGCGGUGUGCAUUUUCUCUUAUGUAUGCGAAUGCUCUUAUGUACAAUCAGCCUGGCACGGAAGUGCAUCGAAUGGCGAAUGAAAUGCGUCUUGCCACUGAGGAAAUUCUCGAUGAAUUUGAUCGGACGCCGCGCGGCUAG